GGCGCGCCAGGUGACAGACUGACGGGUGACGGGCGACGGGCGGUGUUCUGCGAAGCGUGACGAGUGACGAAGAGUGCAUAGUGUGUGUAUUGGUGACAUUAUCAGAGUGACAAGCGGUGGAAGAACGAACGGCGGACGGAACGCGAUGAGUUUGACAGCGGUAGCGUCCGACGCUAACAAUAAGUGACGCAUCUCCGGCUGCGAAGAAGAAGCACGAAAGAGCGAUCGAUCGGCGAGAAAUGCGGUCGAGAAGAGUCUCGUAAUACAAAUAACGCUUCAUCAGGGAAUCGCGCGCGCUCGCUCGCUCGUCUUAUUAUGGCAGAAUGGAUGAACGCAAAUUAUUGCUAUUGCUGAUACUCUUCGUGGCAAGAUGGCAGGAUAUAGGAGCCGUGGUACCGAUGCGACAAGUUGCUGUAGAUGUGGGUAGAGACCUGCAGUUGGAUUGCGCUGACGAGAGCAUCCUUUCGCAUUCCGAAGAAUCGAAUGCGAGAGUGAUGUGGAUAAGAGAGGGACGAGAAGAUGGACAGAUCGAGCGACUAAAGGUCGAGCCAAAUGGCAAGCUGAAGCUGUUGAAUGUUAGCGUAGAUGAUGCUGGCAAUUACUCAUGCAUCCUGGACGACGAUCGCGAUGCUGUGAAAGCCAGAAUCAAUGUGGAAGUUAGAACGCCUCCUCCAGCUCUGCACAAUGUGUGGGUCAAACCAUCCACAAUAUUGGCCAACAUUCUCUGGGAAGUGGCUGGUACUGGCGGUUAUCCUAUCAUAGACUUCACUGCCGAAUAUCGUUUGAAGCCAACUGCAGGCGAAGAGCCGGAAGAGUGGAAGCCUAUUAUUCCAACACACAUUCCUCCAAAUUCUAGACAAAUAGAUGUGUAUCAUUUGGUGCCAAACACUACAUACUCGUUUCGAGUAUGGGCAACCAAUCAGUUGGGAAGAGGAGAAAUUGUGGAGGUCGAGGGUCAUACGCAUCACAGCGUAGAAGAAUUGGAACUCGCCCGACAUCUUUUAGCCGGCGUAGAGAAUUUUGAUACGCGUGUCUGGGUGGCAGCCGUAGGUAUUGUGAUGGGCACACUUAUGAUUCUUGGUUUAGGUACUUGUUACCUACUGUAUCGCGAGUGCAAGGCACCCUCGCAGCUGGAGGAGCAGGAGGUGAUUGAACUCGUGCCUAACAUCAUUCUGAAUCCGGGAUUUUUCGAUGAGCGCACCGAGCACGUACCGCAGGAUGAGAACUUCAACAAUCAGACGACAACCCGCCUGAACAACAACAGCGUUGUGCAACCUAGACGGCUUUAGCGUCGUUUUUCGUUUAGCUUAGACUCGCUCCAUUCUAAAGUAAGUAAAUUGGAUGCGAUUUUCCACGUCAUUUCGAACGUAAGCAACCGAAUUUAUCGGAAAGGCCUCGAGUUUGUUAAAAAAAAAACAAGAAAAAAAGAAAAAAUAAUGAUCGACGAAGUCGAUACACUAAGAUGCAAGACUAUUUAGCGAUUUAACGGCGAAAGGAGAAUACGCUGGGAAUUCCGGGUCAUUUCGAGUUCAUCGAUAGCUUCGAGUGUCCCACUAGUUUUCUCGACCUUCCCGUUACAAUCAGAGAUCGAACGAAAAAACCGGUUUUUUUCUAAAAGGGUUUUUGAAGAGUUUUUGCAACGCGAUUUUAAGAAUUCUUUUAAGAUAUUCGCAAAAAAUCAUCGUUAUUCUCGAAAGAUAAAGGAUGAAAUUUAAGUAAAUAAGAUUUUUAUAUGUAUAGUAAUGGAAAAGUGUAAUUUAGAUCGAUUAAAGCUCAUUUUCGAAAACCGGGAGAUAUAUUUUCCUUGCAAAAUAAAUAUUGUGAUUUCAGAUUUAUAGAAACGAAAAAUUUAAUUUAAUGCCGAAAGAAAUUGAAAAAAAAAUUUAUUAUUGUUCGGUCCCUGAUGUACGACGCGCAACAAUGAAGUGUUCAAAACUCAGAGUAAGAUUUUACAUCAGAUUUCUUUGCGAGAGGAGAUAAUAGAUUUUUUGGAGAUGUUUACUACAGAACGUUCUUUGUCUCUCUCUUUUUCUCGCAUAAUUUCUCGACGAGAUAAUGAUUGCUCAUAGUGAUCGAGCUUAAAAGAAGUGAAACUCCUGUGAGCCAAAAGAAUCGUAGUAAGACUGUAACCCUUUAAGGGAAUAUAAUUUAAAACAACUCGAAGAGAGACUCAUAAAUCAUAAUAAUUGAUAUCGUCAAAAAAAGAAGAUAUAUUUUACAAUUGUUUUUACUUUUUCGAAAACUAUCGCAAUGUGUGAAUAGCACACAUGUGUGAGUAUAUUAAGAUUUUUUUUAAAUGCUCAUUUAUCGUUUAAGCAAUCGAAUCAUAUAUACGAUAUGUAUAAUAUGACAAACUUAACUGCCGUUUUAAGGUGUGCACAAGUCGUUGAAAGUUCCUUUCUAGGAAUCUCCGUGAAAAAUCUCUUUUUUAUUUUAUUUAUUAUAAAUAUAUGUAUAGAUAUAUCUCACAUUUUUUUGUCUUUGUAAAUAUGUGCUCGUUACGUGCUCUUUGUUGAAAAAUCUCGAGAAUUAGAAGGAUACGGAAGAAUAUCUGUUUUAAUAUCCAUAGUGAUAAUAUACAUUAAGAUAUUGUUUAUAUAUUAGAUUUUAUCGAUAUUUUUACAAUCAAUCCUGCAUGCGCUUAUUCGACGAAUGCGAAUAAUAAUUGCUUUGGCACACCUUUGGCACAAACUUGCCUCUGCACUACUUUAAUAGCUAUAUUUUAAUAAUUACAAUUGUGUCUACGACUCACUUACUCAUGCGUUUUGAUGCGCAAAAAUCAAAUUUUCCUAAACAGUGACUAAACAGGAAGGAAAAAAAAAGAAAAAAGCGAGCAAAUAUAACUACAAAUCGUAUGAAUUUCAACAAGUACAAUAAACCGUAAGACAGAGUAAUACACAGUGUCCCACUUCGAAAGCAGCAUUUUUUGACGAAAUCGAUGUAAGAUUCUAGUUAAGAAAAAAAUCGAUUGCAUAUUAGGAAAGUCUGUUGGACAUUUUUUUAUUAUGAUAUUGUCGAAAGAAAUGAGAUGAAUAGAAAUGAAUCAUUUGGGAUAUAGCAGCCUACGAGAUGCGCGAGAUGUAAUAACUUUCUUGCAUCGCGUGGAAUAAUAACAUUUCAAUAAUCAUUAGCGCACUUAAUUCUCUAAUAUUUAAAUAAGAUGAAAAUAGAGCACAUUAUACAUAUUUUGAAUAAUGCUACCAUAUUAGAACUGCGGAUAAAUCUUUACUAUAAUUGUGCGAUUGAACAUUCUACGCAACACUAUCUAAGACACUGUGUUUCGUGCAUACGCGCAGAAUUUCAUUGUCAACGUUCAGUUUGCCGUAUUUAAUUUCUGCGAAAUUAAAAAAAGAAAAGAUAAUUGAGUAACAGUAGAGUCAACGAUUCAAUUCGAUUAAUAUAUUAUAGUUUUAUUCUUGUUACUACUAUAUUUUUAUGUUGCUUUACCUGCACAGGUAAAAAAAAAAAAGCAACAUAUUAUUUGUGCCCAAGAUAUUAUUUAUUAAAUUAUUAAAUAAUUAAAUUUUUUUUCUCUUAAUAUCGGCAAAAUAUAUAAUAUUUUUGUUAACAAUAUUGAAUUUGCUCAGAGCAUACACACAUAUAUAAGCUUCAACUAUGAGAUGACAAAGUACUUUGAUGCACGCAGGUUGUAUAAAAAUGGGUUGUGCGUUGUUACAUUGAGGCUUUGGAUCCGUUUCUCUGACACAUUCUUAUAAAUAUACAUAUAUACGUGCAUAUAUAUGUGUGUAAAAAGAUUGUGAUAAGUGUAAGCGGAUCGAUAUUCAGCUUCGUAUACUAUGCACUCUGUGUUGUGAAUGGUAUAUAGAAGUAUACAUAUAAGAAGAAUAAUACAAUAAUAUAAUAAUAAUAAUAAUAAUAAGUAUAUGAUAAUAAUAUGUGAAAAUUACGUGUAUAUAUAUAUAUAUAUAUAUAUAAUAUAUUUAUAUAACCGAAGCAUUACAUGCAAUUUUAGGCGUAAGAAAAGACAAUUUUUUAUAUACAUUACGAUUAUGCUGAUAAUAUUUAUCUAUAUAUCAAGAGAUAGACGAUGAUUCUAUGCCACGAUACCAUAUGUCUCGCUUUGCUAAUCUCGACAAAUCUCGCUCACAGAAAAUUACUUAUGUAGCGCAUUUCUUUUUUUAUAUGUCGGAAGAGUCGUAUUACUUUUGCCUAGAACAUCAUAAAACGAACUGUUUAUAAAAACAAUAUAUAACUGUAAUAAAUUAAAUCAAAAUUUUAUUAUAAUGUAAUUUUUUACGCAUUAAUAUAGAUUUAGAUAUUUAUGAAUGUAACACAAAAUAUGUAUGAUAAUAAUUAUGAUUAAUGAAUAUUAAUCAUCUUUUAUAUAUAUAAAGCACUAUAAUUUUUUUAUAAUUUAAUUAUUAUCAAGUUAAUUUAACAAAACGUCGUCAGAUUCUUCACUUAAUGCGACUCUUCAAAUUUUCGGAUAUUAAAAAUUUUUUAACGCACGUAAUUCUCUAUUUUUUAUCAAAGAUAAUAAUAUAGAUAAAUAUACCGAAUGCCUAUAGCAAAACUACUAAAAAAAAACUGUUUUGCUUUUUAAAGACGAAGUAGUCUUUUGUGCAAUAGUAUAAUCCAACACACACAAAUUAUUCUUAUAAUUACUACAUACUAAAAACUGGUAUAAGGAUUUUAGGAGGUAACAAACUUUAAAAAGCAUUAUGCGUCAUAGAAUUUCUGCCAUUGUACUGUGUGGAAGGCAAACAGCUAUCUACACGAAUAUAAAACGCUCGUAUAAUGAAAAUUAUUGUUAGCAGUAAACAAGAGAAGUGCAUUCGCGCGCUAAAAUCUUAUCAUAAUAAUAAGUGAGGAAUAUAAUAAUAGCAUUUUGAAGGCGAAUGGGAAGAAUUGACAUAUACCAAUUAACGCUUUAUAUAUCGCCAUAUAUAUAUUUAUAUAUAGGAAAUAUAUUUUCUAUUCCUUUCUACGAUUAAGGGAUUGUAAAAGAAAAUCACGCUUAUUAAAUAAAUGUACGUGAUAACGUGAGCAAAAGUGCGUAAAGUAGAAAUCAUAUAACGUAGAAAAUAUUUGAACAAUAAAAUUUAGAGUUGAUGUGAUUGAGAUUGCAUAAUUACGAGUGUAAACGUGUACCUACAGUAAUAAUGGCAGAUAUUUUACAUUCAUAUCAUAAACAAUAAUAAUCUACAGGCUGUUGUAGUAAUUUAUAGAUACAAACAUUUUGACAGUUCUUUAAGAUAAAACAUUGAAGAGAAUAUUUUUUGAAAAAAUUAAGAAAUUUGUUAAUUAAAUUUAAAUAUUUUAUUUUAUAUUGCAAUUAAUUCUUGUUUUUCUAAUCUGAAAAAUUUUUGGGGGGACUUUCAUUUUUUAAAUCCAUCUCUAUUCGUUCUCUAUAAAACAUUUUAUUAAUGCUUUACUCUAAAUUUCUCUCCCUUUUUACUCAACUAUUGCAAGUCUAUCGAAUCAUCGCAGUUUUCAUCUUCAUCUGAGAAAAAUUUUUCUCGCUUUUUCUUUCUGAUUGUUCGCCUGCGCACUAAUGUUAUAUCGCUUUUAUAUAUCAGUCUCACUGCUGAUAGAUGUACAUGCACAAAACUUACAAUCAUUAUCACUAUCGUUAGAUAUAACUUACAUAAUUAUCCCCUCGAUAUACCUCGAUUAUUAGCGCACUCCUUGACGAAACGUGUACAUAUACAUAUAUAUAUAUACAUAUAUAUAUACACAUAUAUAUAUAUAUAUAUAUAUAUAUAUAUAUAUAUAUAUAUAUAUAUACACACCAUAUAUAUUAAGCACAAUGCCAUAGAAUAGUGUGUUUAUGGUUGCUAGUAAUGCCACCAUGUAUCGUCCCCAAACAUACAUAUUUGCCUGCCUAAUUACAUCCCAAUGUGCGAUGAACAUACGUGUGUGGUUUUUACAAGAAAGAAAAAAAAGAAACUUUAGGGCUUCUUCCAUAAUAUACAGAAAAUACGGAUAGUUUCGUAAUAUAAAUAUUAAUGUUUCUGAUAUUCUAAAUUUUUUUUAACUCGUUAACGUUUUGCUUUUCUUUUUGUAAAGAUUACAUUUGUUAUAUUUUAUAUCUCUGGCACGAUAAUUCAUCAAAUCAAUUUAUUAAAAUCUCGUUAGAUACUGAGAGUAAUGGCGAAGAAAAAAAAGAUGUAUUACGGCAUAUAAUAUCGCAAAACUCUUAUAAUUUGAUUUUAUUAUUGAUGAUUUGUUAUAUAAUUAUAGUGUGUAAUGAAUUGUAUCCAGGGUCAGGUUUUCAAUGUUGAACAUACGGAUGUAGAAUACGAUAGAAUUAUAAUUAUAUUUGUAUAAUUCUAAUAACAAUUAUUAUAAUGUUACAAAUCUUAAUUGUAAUUUUAAUUUAUAAAAAAUUUAUAAUUAAAAUAUUAUAACUUCUCUGCCUAUUUAAAGAGAUUAAAGUGUCAAACAUAUAUGUAUAUAUAAUUUCAUUCUUUCUUCUGUUUCAUAGUUUUCCUUAUUUUCUAAAGAAAUCUUUUUUUGAUUCGCUUCCUUUGAAAAAUUUUAGAUUAUUUAGAUCUGCAAUGUAUGAAGGAAAAUCCGACCCUAAACAUGUCACAAUGUAAAUUACUUUUUAGCAUUUAGAUAAUUUUAUUUUAAAACAGCGCUGUGUGCAAGAAGGUAGGGGCCAUAAAUGCGACCAAAAAGAAUAGUUUAGCUUUAAUAAGAAUAUUUCUGUUGUUAUCGAUAUCGUUAUUUUGUUUGCUAGAUCUUUUAACUUUUUUGUUGUAUAUAUGCUUUAUUGCGUUAUGUAUAUUUAAUAUGCACCAUAUUAUUAUUGUUUCUUUUUUGUUUUCUUUUUCUGUUAUAUUAUUUAAUAAAUCAAUCAGUUAACAAUAAUAUGUUUAAGUAUAUAGUUAAAGAUAAAUUAUUUAUUGGCACUAAAGAGUAUGCUAUGCAAUGACAAGAAAUAGAAAAUCAUUGGAUAUAUGAACGCCUUUUAAAUAUGCUGUAUGUAUAUAUUUAUUUAUUUAAAGAUAAUAAUUUUGUGUGUCAUUCUAUUACUUUUUUAUUAAAACAGUAAAGAUUUCUUUAGAAUGUUCCUUAGAUUGUUUUGCCAAUGAUUUUCUCGCAUAUGUUUAAUUAGAAAGUGAUGGCAAUGAAUACAUUCCACCAAGUACAAAGACAUCUCUUAUGUAAUUUUGAUUAAGCAAAAACGAAUUAGACAUUUUGAACAUAAUUUUCUACAGAGAGAGAGAGAGAGCGUAAAGGUUGUGUUUGAGUGCAAAUCAUUGUCUAGACUAUGCAUAUAUAAUCAGCUCUCUCGAGCAAACCAAUGAAAGCGUUAUUACAUUUAGGUACAUAUCAGCGAAAAAUUAUAAUAAAAAUUAUCAUAAGCGCUCUGUACUUUAUAUAUUGAUACAGUUUGCGAUUACUAGCAUAACAUUCGAAUGUCAUCGAAAAUUGUCGUUCCUUUUUGUUAGAGCGAAAUUAAAUGUUGAAUUUUCUGUGAA